AUGGGCUCAGUGAGUGUAUGCACGCCGGGUGGAACUGGCCCUGAGAUGGAGACUCCCGUACGAAGGUCGGCACGGAAAGCUGCGAGGAAUGACCGAAUGUGGAUGGCUGAUAGGGAGAGGUUCACUCUGAGUGAUGACGGCUCCCAAGACCACAGCUCAGUAGAGCCCAUCCCCUCGAGGCUGCGCGGACGGUUAGAGCCUGUCGCUGAGGACAUCAGUGAUGUCGGUGGUGAUGACGACGAUGACGAGGAUGAAGCUGACGGCUCGGGUGUCUCUACCAGGGUUGGUGGUGUCGUGCCCCUUGGACCGUACUUGGCACGGCUUCAGCUCCCCCCUGAGGAUAUGCAGCGUGUUGCUCGAGAGUUCCUCCACUCGGUGGCUGAUGGUCCUGGUGGAGUUGCGGAAUUUACGGUCCCCAGAGCUCUGCCAUCCAUCGUGACAGAGCAAAUAGGGAGAUACUCAAAGAACAGCGUUCGUCGAGUGGACGGCACGGGCCUGGCCAAGAAACUCAUUGAUUUACUUCGUCGCCAUGAUGCCCUUCAGAAGACCCUCAUCCUAGUGGUAGAUAGGGCGGAGAGGCUCUUGCCGGACGCAGCUCAUGGACCUCUGGAGCAGAUGUAUGUGAAGUUGUUCUAUGAUGCCCUUAUAAUGGUAGACAUGGCAACCCUACUCGAGAAUGCCAUCGAGGCUUACGUCCUUGAGUACCUCGCUAUCAUUGACACGGCUUGGUCAAGCGCCACUCGGGAUGGUGGGGAGCAUUCUGAUGAUGAGGACGACUCCUUUGGCCCAGGGCUCUUCGACGAGGUGAUCAGCGUGUCACAAAUAGAGUUGAAGAGGAAGCUAGAAUGUGCAGUAUCAUAUACCCUAGCACAGACCAAGGCCAAGACCGCCGUUAAGUAUAACGCUAGGCUGUUGGUCCUCGCUGGGUUCCUCGCCUCUCACAAUCCCCCUUCUAUGGACAGACGCUUAUUCAUGAUCAAGACUGGGCGGAACAGUCGAGCGGCUGUCACAAGGCUGCGCAACAAUCAAAUGGCGAUGGACUCCAUAGCCGUCCGUCCUCCUAGGCCCUUCCCACUACAACGAAUGCUGGAGAUAGCACGCUACCUCCAUCACGGGCAGAUGCGCAUCACGGCUGAUGUCUUUCAAGAGGUUCGUCGCCUAGUGCAUCUACGAUUGCUGAUGACGAAUGGAGAGCCAAGCAUUGAUGCUUGGAUGGAGGGCUCUGUGAAACUCACUACUGGACUGCACUCCUAUUCAGUGGUGGAAGACUUGGCCGUAUCGGUCAACGCUAAUCUCAGAGAGUUAAUCUUGUGA